AUGAUAACCCUUCUGUUGCUUUCUUUCGUCAUUAUCUGGAUCGUUUAUAUUAAAUUGAAAUAUUUUACACUUCGUGGUCCAAUACCUGGCUUGUCUCCACAUCUUAUUUUUGGAAAUCUUAUUCAAACGGGUUUAUUGUUAGGUAAAAGAUCAAAAUGUGAUAUUUAUAUAUUUCUCAAGGAACGAUUCGGUGAUAUUUAUCAAUAUUGGCUCGGUUUUAUGCAUUUCAUUGUUAUACAUGAUAUUGACGAUGUUCAGUACAUUCUUACGCAUCGAAAUAUUUAUGAUCAAGGACAAGUAUUUUUAGAAAAAUUUAGCCUGUUAGUUCCUGAGAGUAUCAUUUGUAGCAUAGAUUUCAAAUUCAAACGACAUGGUGCUCUUACUAUGCCACUAUUUCGUCGUAGUAAAAUCAUUUCCAAUAUUAACACAAUUAUUGAUAGUACUGACAAACUAUUAGAUAGAUGGCGUGCUAGACCACAUGAUCAAGUGCAUGCAGAUAUUGUUGAACAAUGUCAAAAUCUUCUUCUUGAGAUAUUUGGAUUAAUUGCUUUUGAUUAUGAUUUAGAGGCACUUGAUAGUCAAUCUUCCAGCAAUAACAAUGAAUUGACCGUAGCCCUACUCGAUAUUAUGAGUACAUAUGAAAUGGCUCUAUAUGCACCUGGUUUUAUAUCAAUCGUCUAUAUGAAAUUGAAUACUCGAUUUCAACGAGCAAGAGCAACAGUCGAACAACAUUUUAAUAAAAUGGUUGAACAAGAGUUAGCUGAAAGUUCAGAUUCGAGAGCACAACGAAAGAAAACUUCAUUAAUCGCAUCACUUGUUAAUUCAUUACAAACCGAUGAAAAAGCCGAAGCAAAAAAAAAGGAAGAAGAUAAAAGAGGUCUUUCACGAAAAGAAGUUUUUGAUGAAGUACUCAUGUUGUUAAUUGCUGGUUAUGAAACGACUUCUACUGCUCUUGCUUGGUCUAUUUAUCAUCUAAGUAAACAGCCAAGAGUUCAACAAAAAAUCAAGACAGAAUUAAUGGAAAAUAAUCAUGGUCAACAUAUAUCAUUGGAAUAUCUUGAUUCACUUAUUUAUUUGGAUUGUUUUAUUAAUGAAGUACUUCGUUAUUCGCCAACAAUUGAUUCAACAUGUCGUUCAGUCACUGUCGACGACUGUCUUCCUAAAAGUGGUACUCGACUUUACAAAGGUGAUCAAGUAUUGAUUCCAACAUCCUCUCUUGCUCGAGACAAGCGUUAUUGGAAAAUUGAUCCUCAAUUAUUCUAUCCAGAACGAUUUCUUAAUGAAGAUAAAAAUCAUCAUCCAUAUGCAUUUCUGCCAUUUGGAGGUGGUCAUCGUCAAUGUCUUGGACGAGAUUUAGCUCUCUUCGAACUAAAAGUAAUUCUAGCUCGUAUGUUACAACAAAUAACAAUCGGUGAUGGUGGUUCUGAAGUAAAUGCAGGUGGAUUUAUUCAGAAAUUGACUUUAUUACCUAAACAUGUCGGAAUCACUAUUAAAUUUCAUUGA